UGUUCUCAUCGAUAAUCACAGCAGACGAAGUGUCAUUCUCUAGCUAUUUGACUUACUGACCAAAGCGACUUCGCGCUACGAACAGCGGCAACGUUUCGAAGAUUGGCAUACUGACAGGCCUGCAUACGAUACGUUGGAAGCAUGAAACAAAUAUCGUUUUUCUCUUCCCAACGUGAUUGAUACAGAAUUUGCCACUACAAAGAGGAUAAUUCAUUGCAUUGUGUACAGUAUCCAAGUGUGUAUAUGUAUGUUUGAUCUGGGCAGACAUGAAAGUCAUAAACAGCUACAGGGCCCAUUUAUACUUGUGAUAUAUUCGCGUGCCUAAUAUUGGCAACACACCCGUAACGACAACAACAAGAAUAUAGGCUGCUGGCAUUCGGAGUCGGCGCUGAUUCUGUGCUGGCCUAUUCGUUGGUCGUUGUUGCUGCUGGUGGGAACGUCCGCGUGAAUUGCCACAGGGAUGAACAGUGUAGUAACGUCAUUGACAAUGUCGUGGUGCAACCUUACGUUGUGCGCUAACCAUUGCAAUCAUCAAUCGAAAUCGGUUGUAGUAUAGCUUAUUAGAUUCAUAGUGCAUCUUCCUUCUGUCCAUUCAAUUAUUGUUACGACGUAACUUGGUAAAAUGUGCAGUGGAUUAACUUCUCAGUCGGGUACCAUCCGCCGUCGUCUAGUGUGCAACUACGAACCGACCUCCGUCAGCUGGAGUUUAGCCUGCCACUAACAUCAUACGCAACUGCAACUGUAGACGAGGCAGGUUUAGCUCAAAUAGAACAAGCGUUUGACGUUCCUGCCACGAUUCAAUAUUAUCACUGCGAUUACUUGGCCAUGUCGCUCAUGACAUCAUGCGUAAUUGACAAUACAAAAUCGCUCUGUGCACGGAAUCUAUAACGCCUCUAUGAAGAUUAGGUAGAGACGACGUUAAAAGUUAGCAAAAAAUUACUUCGCCGGCUCACCGGUUGCUAUUUGCUAAUCGAAGCUGUGUCUCUCUGUGAUUGAAGCAUUCGUUAGGAUUCAUUUAUCUCCCAGGAUACUCUCUUUUCGACCUGUGUUUUGUGCGCCAUUCCUUCUGGUCGGGUGACCGAAAAGUACUCUUAGUGAAUUUAGUGGUUAUUCGUUCGGCCGUCGCAUGAUAAUUCGACGCGGUGAUUGACGCUUCUUCGUUUAUGUUGUUGACUUCGUUUUGAACUUCGCAGUAUCUCCGAAUCUCCAUCCUCCAGAGUUUGUGCUAAGUCGACGUCCUCAGCAAGCGCUGACAGCUGUACAGCCACAAUUAAUCUUUGUCUAACGAUGAAUUUUGACCCCGUCCUUGCUACAAUGGCAGAGCAUCGCCGUGAUAAAGUUACCGGCUGAUCUAAACACUGGCUAAUCUAACCUUGUUUUCGUCGUACGUCGAUUAAAGUGCAUGAGCGCUGUGUUGUACAGGAAAAUAGACCCAAUUGAGCAACACGUACGAGACAAGGAAUUUGCGGGGCCGUGCGUAUGAUCGUGUUAUUUCUUGCAGCCCGUAACGGCGGCAAUUGCAACGCUUCCUGCAGCACCAGCCUGAAGAAAGCACGUCUGCUUCAGCGGAUCAUAAGUAACGUACUUAGACAGCGAUUGGCGCCCAAGUGAGUGCCCGCACGAACUGGCCACGACGCCGUGAAGUAUAUAGACGAAGGGCAAAGCAGAAGCUGAAGUGGUUCCACAAUGCGGCUCCUAAUGACGAAGCGAACGCCGAGGUCGCAAACCAGUCCAAGUGUUCAGACUUCAACAACAACCUGUUCGCUUUGGCUCAUGCUAUUGCUUUGUUCUGUAACGGCGUUAGCGGAAAUCGGUGGAGGCAGAAUACUUAGAAAAGGCGGUGGUUAUAAUCAGGGUUUAUCCGGUCAUGGCCACCAAUCGGUGGGUAACGACGCAGGGGACUAUACAGAGGAUGGAGAAGUAAUCCCACAGUUUGCAGAGCCUGUGCAGAAUAUUACUGUGCCAAGAGGCCGCGACGCAAAAAUAGCCUGCAUUAUUGACAACCUUGGUGACUUUCGGCCCGCCUGGAUUAAGGAAGAAGACAAAGCCAUCCUUACUAUGCACCAGCAGAUUAUCAGCCGCAACUAUAGGAUCAGCUUGUCGACGUCUGACAAUCGAAUAUUUACCUUACACAUCCGAAACGUUCAGGAGAGCGAUCGGGGCGGUUAUAUGUGCCAGAUUAAUACCUCACCCGUCAAAAGCUCUACAGGAUACCUGGACGUUUUGGUCCCACCAGAUAUUUUGGUGGAACAAUCAUCAGCAGACGUUGUCGUCCGUGAGGGAGCAGAUGUGUCGUUGGCUUGCAAAGCGCGUGGUUAUCCUACGCCAUCGAUAUCGUGGCGUCGGGAAGACGGUGAGCCAAUCCCUCUUGGAGCGUAUAAACAACUUACUCAACAGCAGCAGGCCGCCAACAACAAACUUCAUACGUUAGUCCAUUCAUAUACUGGCGAAACGCUAACGAUUGCCCGCGUCUCUCGGAUCCACAUGGGCGCGUAUCUGUGCAUAGCCAACAACAACGUGCCCUCGCCCGUAUCAAGAAGGAUUAUGCUACACGUCCACUUUUCGCCAGUUAUCUGGAUUCCCCAGCAAUUAGUAGGAGUUGCGCCCCGUCAUAACGUUUCGUUGGAUUGCCACAGCGAAGCGUACCCUCUUGCGACGAUCCAUUGGUCGAAAGAUGGUAGUCGACUCACGGGCAGCACCGAAACCACGCGCUCGACAGGGCGGCAAUCAGCUUUCCAAACGUUAGCGCAAGGCGCAAAUACUCCUGCAGGUGGCAAGUACCUCAUCGAAGCUAAACGGACAUCAUCAUACAAAAUCCGGUCGGUGCUAACUAUACGUGAUACUCAGCCAUCUGAUUACGGCUUCUAUAAGUGCGUUUCCGAGAACAUCCUAGGAUUCACCGAAAGCUCCGCCCAGAUCUAUGAGGUAUCUCCUGCACGGUCCUCGUCGACUCAGGAGAGCAUGGUCGAGGACGACGAAGAAGAUGACGAGCCCCCCUACGGGAUGGGCACUCCGGAAAAAUCCUAUAGUGAUGGUAAGUACUUUUCGGAGGAAGUGCUGAGGCCGAAGGAGCUCACGAACAAGGCAUCGGGGGCGCUCCGCUCGAUGUCGAGCUGGAAUCUUGUGACGUUACCCUGGAUUCUACUGCUGCUUCUACGCUGCCUGUCGUGAGACUAUCCCAGGGAACUUGACGACGCCGCGGCAACUUAUCACCAUCGCAACACUGAAACAAACACGUGCAGCCUCUUCUAAAAAGCCUAAAUGCGCGAAUAAGGUUGUUCACCAGAUUCGAACGUAUAGAUAAAGGAAGAAUUGACCAAAGCAAGAAAAAGCAGCCCAUGUUGGGUCAGGCUCGAUAAAGCCAACUACUUAGGUCUAUUUGCGUGCUGAAAUUGAGCACAAACGAGUAAAAAUAUAAGAUCCGCGUGCGGCGGCAGUCACCGUCAUGCUGCCGACCAUAUCGAACUUUAAAAUGUAUUCGCUCCGCUCGGACUCCUUAUGAGCGCACCUGUACAGUGACUCCUUGUAUGUGUACAUAGUAAUGGAGAAAUAUGAGCAACAACAACUCUAGCCUAGACAGAUACUAACCGAAAGAAACCUAAUGUAUCGACACAGAUAGACAAACCGUCAUAUAUAUAUAUAUAUAUAUAUAUGUAAAAUAGAUGGGGCGAGGGAGGGUGAAAAAGAUUUCAGCCCGGUGGUACGAAAAAGUCAAAAGGUGCCACACAGUAGUUGUAAAGAGAUCACACUAUAAGGUGGCAAAGUUCGGCCGAGACGUAGAUAAAAAUGCGUGUAGUCCGGUAGAACAGACGCGUAACUUCCGACAGUCUUUGGCUUGAACCGAGUAAGGGAAUAGGGCAAAUCCUUUGACAGAUUUAGAGGAACAUUUUAGAAUGAAUGGAAGAACUUCGAACUCUUCUAUAGUUUACCUUGCUGAAGCAGUUGCUUCGUUUUGUUACUGUAUUAAUACCGGUUGGAUGAAGCUGGGCGUGGACAUGAAGACAUGAGUGCAUACACGUUCGUGUAAGAUUUUGACAGAAGUCGGAAGCUCGUGAAUGGAGACCAGAUCGAAAACGAAUGGGAGAGCAUUGUGGUAUGUUAAAUGCAGAAACAGCCGAAGUAACAAAGCGAGGUAUUAUUGGCCAGUGUUGAACAUGCAGGCAAACAAUAUUAAGCACGAUGGUGAGUUGUUUGGCUAUACAAAAGCGGGCCCAGUUCAAAAUUGUCUACCAACCAAGUAGGGGAAAAUAAAUCAUUUGUAAAAUCAUACGGGGAAGUUCUGCUUGUGCUUCUGUUGCGCAGGUAGAGAAACCGAUGUACAAUUGGCCACGAUCAUCGCGGGCCAGAUCCUUAGAAAUUAUGAAUGACCAAAAACCAGCCAUCAUUAACCGUAUCUUCGCGUAAUGGAUUUCAUACCUAGCGUUCUUCAUGGCAUCGCAGGAGCCAUGCAUGCACACAUAGUCUGCGUACUCAUUACCAUGAAAUGAUUUUCCCCUGUAUCAGUUAGUCGACGUGAAGUUGUUCGUGUUUUCAACAGCAGUCACAGAAGCCACAUACAUCAGCACAGAUAACACGCACCUUAGCCAAAUACUAAUCUAAGUGUUCGAGAUGUUUUGUAUCUUAACGCGGCAAUCUUAACAUUAUUUCUUUGUAUUGCUAAUAUAGGCAGAUGAGCAGAGUACCUACAAACAGCGGUUGAGUCCUGUAACGAACUAGGAAGAGCUGGGUUAUUUAAACUUUAUGUAAAAAAAUGUAAGCAUUGUAUUGCGUUUAAGUUAUGAGACCAAAGUAACGACAAUAGCAGCAACCGUGACAACAACUUUGUCAACAAUGAUAAAAGAAUCCAUUGCGUGCAACUAUCAGAAAAAAAAAUGUCGAAAUGACUUUGUAGACUCGACACUCUGAAAGAACAGGGUUGACCGAGGUGAUAUGUCUAUAGCUGUAGGUAACGAACUCGACGCAGGACACGCCACUGCUUUCCACACGAAUGGGUGCGAUGAGCCCCAACUCGACAGGGCUAGACUUUGAAAAUAUCGACUUUCUUUAUCUAUUUUGCAAAUUCGACCCGCUGUUUCUUUUGCGUGACCUCGUGGUCCUCACACACAAUAUUCCGAACUUAGGCUAUUGUUCAGACUAGCUGAUUGUACCAUGUGUAAUCGUGUGCGCAAAAACAUUGUUUCUCAUUGAAGACACUAAUCAUACAAGCUACUGUUGAGAAAUCUCUGUUCUUAACUAUCUAUGAUUAUUCACGGCUGGAUUGUCUAUUUCUCUAAAAGCAUUUACCGGGUCCCACCACCAUUAAAAACAUAACUUCAUCGUCAAGAUCUAGUUCUGAUGAAAAUUGACACAUUGGAUUGUCAGUGGCGCGUCGUGCGUUCAUAGGAAAACUGACUGAAUGCAUAGGGCGCGAUGGAAUUGGAUGUGAGUGAAUGUCUGCCUAUGUGCAUGUAAGCGUAUUUACUUGAUGCCGGGGUGGCGGGGAUAUAAGAGCCAGCGAUUAUUUAUUUCAUCCUUAAAGUGAAUAUACGGCAGAUUUUGCGAUAUUAUCGGUCGGAGUCUCCGAUUUGGAACAAUGAGAUGAUCUCAUUCUGUCUGGGGAUAGAUUGCAUGACAGGGGUAAGGAUCAUAAACGAUAGAAACACUACGGACCGAAACACGUAAGUAUGGGCGCACAACAAGUGGGCCUUAAUGCGUGGGACAUAUUUAUCAUCUCACAUAUGCCAAUAAGACUGGUUUGUCGUAACUUCGGUUGAUCUCGGAAAUUGAUAGAAUAUCGCAUAAACUACACUAGUCAGGAUAUAACCAGUGGCAAACCAGAAGACGAAAAAUCGAGCAAGAUGGGAGUCCAUAAUGAAGGAAAACUACAAGCAUUACAAAAUGCCUAUAAAAACAUGUUCAUCACCAUUGAAUCAUUUAAAAGAUAAGGGGUAAUGGAAAAAGAGACAACUUGAAAGAAUGGUAAUUCGACCAAUUUUCGUAGCGGACUAUUUUGACACACACAGGCAGCCUUUCAAUCACUGUGUGACCACCGAAGACAGUGAAUAUAUGCGGCGAAGAAAUUCAGACCGCUCAAUGGCUUGGUCCGUUCAUUGUCAGCUGUGUAAGACUGCUAGAACAAUGGUCAAUAUAGAAUCAUGUUUUUUUGGCGAACAGUGUAUGCACGAAGGAUGGUGAAGCCUUGUAUUUCUGCUUUUUGUUUUGUUUAGCAUUAGUAGGGCCAUACUUUACUGUCUCAGAAACGUUCAUCCUAAUCAGCUCAACCCUGGGUACUUCCGCGCGCAUUCAGCAAACAUAGCUUGAUGCCUCCACCGUAUGUUGCGUCCGUGCUAGUAUGUACUCAGCGAUAUUUUCAUGACCCGCGUACAAUACGAAAAAGAUGGGCAAAACAAACAUCAAGCGCAACGACCGAACUAUUUAGCCACAUAGAAAAACUGCUCCUGGACGCUAUAUACGUCUCAAGCGAAUACGGCGCCCGCCAGCGAUACUCAGAAGAUCAUCACACAUGACAAAGGGGCCCGAGCGCACACGAAGACUUUCCCUAGGCCUUUCUCUCGUUUUAAAUUCGUCUUUUUGUUGCUUUUACGACUCUUUUCAAACCAGUUUUCUUCGUGUUUUUCGUUUUUCCCUUUUGCCAAUCAAAUUACCAUCAUCACAGCUCUCGGCGGAUGCAGGUAUUCACAGCGACCACUGUUCAGAUUGCAGAGCUGCACAACCACGAGAGGGGGCAUAGUCUUUCGGGGGCAUAGAGGUUUCCAAGACAUCGCCCGGCACGGUAAAUUGCACACGCACAUAUUCGUAUCGGCUGUCGGCAUUGGCAUAUGCUAAAUGUAGGAUGAUAACGACUGUUUUCCUUUACGUUUAGCGGUCGCAUGAGGCCCGUCUGAAGGCGAUUGAUAAGAGCGAGCUCCAAUACGCCCUUCACUCUGUACUGGUCUAAGAAGCACCGUAUAGUGAAGUUGCCGUUCCUUUAUUCAAAUAUAUCGUUACUGUGGUAAGCCUAAAUGUUUUUUGUUUAACAAUGGCUAGCAAAUAGCAGAACGAAGAAAAGGACUACCGCGAGACUAAACAUUGUCGGGACUAGGUGCUAUAUAACGUAUAACAGAUUUUUGAGUUUACCUUCCCACCCAUAGUCUGCGUACACUAGCUAUUGUGAAAACAAGCAACACGUUUUACGUGACGAGAGCGAUGGCAACGAGUGAUAGAUCAUGUUGGGCAUUUCAAUCCAAAUUGAAAUAUUUAGUAUGUGCUAAUAAUGUCAUUUCUACUGAACCGUUGCCGCACAACGUUAGCCAGCUACCCCUCACAUUGUAAUUCAGCCGGAGGGUUUUGCCAUUUGGUAAAAACAGAUUUACUAAGAACAUUCGUCGUCCCGCCCUACUAAACUGAACAAUAAUGGAACAGCCUAUAUUCACUGAUACCAAUAAUCGAUGGUAAUAAUAA